AUGGAAUGUGUGUGUCUUACACAGGAAACUUUGAGCAAUUAUCAUCCAUCGGAAAUAAGCGAAUGGGUAAAACAGUUGUUACUUAUUCAACACGAAUUGUUAUGGACAACAAAGUUAAAAUUGCCUGAGAAUACAGUCGGCUUUUCGGUGACCAGUGAACAGCGAGAGAUCUUAGAGACUAGUGGGUUUCUAGUUGGUAAAAUGGCCAUGAAAUAUUUACAAGAAUUACUUGAAGAAGUCCAGACAAGUAUUAUAUUCAUUGUCGAACCUAUGGAAUCAAAAAUAUAUGGUUACGCUAUUUUAACAUCGCCCGCCAAAUACAAGGAUAUUUUAAAUGAUCUUCAUUUGGCUUCUGCUCUUGAUAAAAAACAAUGGAAUGAUAUUAUUAAUAAUCCCAAUAUUCGUUACAUCACACAGAUGGGCAUUAUCAAUGAUGCCAGACGCACUGGUUUGGGCACAUUUCUUAUUGAAAAAUGUAAAACACUUUACUCGGACGGUCUAUUAGCCGGUAUGAUGCUUGAACCACUAGAAAAUAAAGCUAGUUACAAAUUUUUCACGAGUAGAAGAAAUGGAUUUUCGUGCGUUGGAUACUUUGAUCUACAAGCAAUGAUUUAUUCUGGUAACACAUUCCCUCCAACCAAAACAACAGUUGUCAUCUGGAAGACAGACGGUUAA